CAUGUCCGUACGUAUAAGAGUGCAUUUUUGCAGAUUGAGUAUUAUGUUUCUUGGUGAACUUGAUACUAUAUUUUGGACAACACUCCACAGAAGUUCUACCAUUUUGCAUUUUAUUACAAUAUCGAGCAAUAAAGCACGUAUUCACACGCACGAGUGUAACGAAUGCUUAUUUAUAGUGCUCUGUGUCUCCUGCUUACUACUUUUGUAGAUCAGCUUCCACCUGUAAGUUGAAGAAGCGGAGGAAUUUGAACGUUGAAGAGAUAGUACUUUAUAAGGUGAUUGCGUAUUUGACAAGCGGAGUGAGGUUGCAACAGCUGCAGGAUGUCGCGUUGUAGAGUAACGCAAGACUUAAACAUAACUGGAGAAGAGGACGAUGCUGGAGACGAUUGUACCGAUACAAGUGAUCCUACCUCUCCUCUCCGAGAGAAUGGUACAUGGGAGGAGAUUCAUGACGAGACAGAGCCUGUAGUUGUUAUUGAAGACACUGACCACGACAGACCUCUUGUCUACAAUGUGUCCGAUAAUCCACCGUUUCAUCUACUCAUCAUGUUUGCAAUGCAGCAAUGCCUGCUGUGUAUCGCAUCCCCUCUGAGCAAAGUUGUCAUCGUGUCUGAGAUCGUGUGUGCCACACAAGAGGAGUCUAUCAAGGCACACCUGCUGAGUGCCACCAUGUUGAUGACGGGACUCGCCACCUUCCUCAUGCCCACGAUAGGAGUUAGAUUGCCAGUCUUUCAAGGGCCCACGUCCGCAUAUAUCAUCCCUUUGCUGAGCCUUCAAUAUCUGGAUGCUUGGAAAUGUCCAGAGACUUUUGCUGGGCUUGAUCCGAGCUCGAAUAAGACUAUCAACUACGCUAUCAUCGGAAACGGGACUGUUAUCCCAGUGAAGGACGUGGUCUACUCUAAAAUACAAGAACUGUCCGGCAGUCUUGUGCUUGUUGGCUUCCUGCACUUCCUCAUUGGUUUUACGGGACUGGUUGGUGUCCUCGUGAGGUACGUUGGUCCUAUCACGAUUGUGCCGUCGAUUGUCCUUCUGGGAGUCCAGGCAGUGCCAGUGGUCAACAAGUUCGCGGAGACCUGCUGGCUGGGUUCCUCAGCCACGGCGUUGGUGAGCGUGAUCUUAUCCGUGUACCUGGGCAACAGGAAGACUCCUAUACCCUUCUGGACACGUCGCCGGGGCUUACAUAUCUUCUGGUACCCGCUACAUCAAGUGUUUGCGGUUUUGAUCAGCAUAAUAGUCGGCUGGGGACUAAGUGCCUUGCUCACGGAGGUAGGUUGGCUGUCUGGAGACCCUAAAAGCAAAAAUUACUUUGCCCGGACGGAUGCCAGAACCCACAUGAUCGAGGACAGCGAAUGGUUCAUCUUCCCAUACCCGGGAAAUUUCGGUCCGUUCUCGUUCAACGUGGGUGGAUUCAUUGCUUUCUUUGUGGCCACUAUUCUCUCAGUCCUGGACUCAAUCGGCGACUACAACGCCUGCGCUCGCACAUCACGUGUACCGCCCCCGCCACCUUUUGCCUUCAACAGAGGAAUAGCCAUAGAGGGGCUCGUCUCUCUCUUUGGGGGCGCCCUAGGCUGUUGCCACGCCACUUCUUCUUAUGGAUCUAACGUUGGUGUCAUGGCCAUCACCCGGGUGGUGAGCCGCAGGGUGAUGCAAUGUACUGGGAUCAUCUAUAUCUUGCUGGCUGUUGUGGGCAAGUUAGGCGCUGCCUUCCUCACGAUCCCCUACUCUGUGCUGGGCGGGACUACAUUUGUUGCGAUUGCUCUGUUCAUUGGAGUCAUCUUGUCAUUCCUACAGGUAAACACAAAAAAGAAGGAAAGAAAAGAGAAAAAUGAGAACCGUAGUUUAUUUGCUCUCUUUUCAGAAAUUUGUCUUACGGCGACAAAAAGGCAUCCAGUUAGCACACGUCACAUCAUUUAUACAACAAUUAUAAAUGUUUUACAAUUGUUUUCCACAGGCAGCGAAACCGGGGACUCGGCCAUCAGAAUGCUGCUCUCCAACUCAUCGUUCAUUGGAGGCGCCUUCGCCUGUUUUCUGGACAACACAGUAGCAGGCACCCUGAAAGAGCGUGGUCUAUUGGGACAACUGGAAGAAGUAGAAGCUAGUUCUAAGGAGGAGGCUCCGAGCACCAAAUACGCCGAAGGGCGACAACUGUACAGACUGCCUUUCAUUCCAGACAAAAUCCGAAAGUCGAGAUUUGUGCGAGUGUUUCCGAUUUUCGACCAGGAAACCUCGCCACUCCAGGAAUAGAUGUAAAUGUGCUUUACUUGAAUUCAUCAUUAUAUUUUGGGAGACUGUCGUGCUUUAGAAGUUUGGUGUUUACCUCUCAUUCAAACAGUCGCAGGAUCGAAACCCGAGAGAACGAGAAAAAUCCUCCCUUAAAUGUUCUCCUUUCACCCCUUUUCCUGUUCUGUCAUCUGCUCUUUUCCUCUACCACCCUCCCUAUCUGGGUCUCCUCUGAGCUGUUCUCUCCUUUACGUCUGACUCUUUCUACACCUAUUCCUGGCUCCCUCUUACAUCUGUCUUUCAGCACAACACUGAUCUUAAAGUAGAUAAGAUCCAACACCUAGUCUUCUCGACUAAGUGCAAAAAGCCCUGGAGGUCCCGUGUGCAAGUUGCUCACAUUAAAAUUCCUUGCUGGUCCUAACAUCGAUACGAGUAGGCAUCGGCCGCCACCGGGGGACAAUUUGAAAUGAUAAAUUCAUGCUAAAACAGAAGAUACUAUAUUCAGUAUAAAAACAUAUAUUAAACCUUCUAAAUCGGAAAG